CAUCUCCCAUCUUCCUUAAUUAAACCAGACAAAUAGCGUCAGGCUGAGUCUUGUCGCAAGGAGAACGAGUCUUAAUUGUUUGUUCCUUUAAAAAAUCGCAGCAAUGUCUGAGGAUCGCUCUGAAAGAACCGAUGGAAAAAUUGUAAAAAUGGAGGUUGACUACAGUUCCACUGUAGAUCAGCGGCUUCCGGAGUGCGAAAAAAUGGCUAAAGAAGGGAAGUUACAAGAAGCUGUCGAGAGCUUGUUGUCGCUGGAGAAACAGACCAGAACAGCGUCAGAUAUGGUGUCCACAUCCAGAAUCCUGGUGGCCGUGGUGCAGAUGUGCUAUGAGGCGAAGGACUGGGACGCUCUGAAUGAAAACAUCAUGUUACUGACUAAAAGGAGGAGUCAGCUCAAACAGGCUGUGGCCAAAAUGGUGCAAGAAUGCUACAAGUACGUGGAUGCAGUGACUGACCUGAGCAUCAAGCUGAGGCUUAUUGACACUCUUCGCACUGUGACUGCUGGCAAGAUCUACGUAGAGAUCGAGCGUGCCAGGCUAACAAAGACGCUGGCGAACAUCAAAGAGCAGAGUGGGGACGUCAAAGAGGCUGCUGCCAUUCUGCAGGAGCUGCAGGUGGAGACGUAUGGCUCGAUGGAGAAGAAGGAAAAGGUGGAGUUUAUCCUGGAACAGAUGAGGCUCUGCAUCGCUGUCAAAGAUUACAUCCGCACCCAGAUCAUCAGCAAGAAGAUAAACACCAAGUUCUUUCAGGAGGAAGGGAGUGAGGAGCUGAAGUUGAAGUAUUAUGACCUGAUGAUUCAGGUGGACCAGCACGAGGGGUCCUACCUGUCGAUUUGUAAGCACUACAAGGCCAUUUAUGACACCCCCUGCAUCCUGGAGGAUAGCAGCAAGUGGCAGCAGGCCCUGAAGAGCGUGGUGCUGUACGUCAUCCUGUCCCCUUAUGACAACGAACAGUCAGACCUUGUCCACAGAAUCAGCGCUGACAAGAAACUGGAAGAAAUCCCUAAAUACAAGGACCUUCUGAAGCAGUUUACCACUAUGGAGCUUAUGCGCUGGGCCGCCUUGGUGGAGGAUUAUGGGAAGGAGCUGAGGGAAGGCUCGACUGACAGCCCGGCAACAGACGUCUUCUCAUAUUCAGAGGAUGGAGAAAAAAGGUGGAAGGACCUUAAGAACAGAGUGGUGGAACAUAACAUUAGAAUAAUGGCCAAAUAUUACACCAGAAUCACAAUGAAAAGGAUGGCUGGACUGCUUGACCUCUCUGUGGAUGAAUCAGAGGAGUUUCUAUCCAGCCUAGUUGUAAACAAGACCAUCUACGCCAAGGUGGACCGGCUCGCUGGCAUCAUCAACUUUCAGAGGCCCAAAGAUCCCAACGACCUGCUGAACGACUGGUCGCAGAAGCUCAACUCCCUCAUGUCCCUGGUUAACAAGACCACGCAUCUCAUCGCUAAGGAGGAGAUGAUCCACAACUUGCAGUGACACAAGAACAGUUUAUUUUAUUUUUUGGUUUCAUAUUUACUUUUGUUUAUGUGCAAGAGGUUGUUUGUUUAAAAAAAAAAAAAACACUGUGGCCUAAUUGCAGGAUCAUAUGUUUGGAAAACAUCUUCUAAACACACAUGCCUCUUUUCUUUUUUUAUUGUCUCAUAGAACAUGACAUGACAAUAAAGAUACAACUAAAAUUA